CUUUGGCCCCUUCGCUAGGACUCCACCUCCGAGACACACGCCAUCCCUUCAUAUCUCCCAGCCUGACCGCCCUUAUCUGCUCUCGUGCGCGACCGAGAAACGCUACUACACUUCAUGGCGCCAUCAUAGGAUCAAUAUUUCGGCUUCGUCACUUUCUUCCGUACACAUAUUCCACCCUUCCACCACGAUGCCACAACGAGAUCCCGAAACAGGCUGCGUUGUGCCCGACACCGGCGAAUGGCCCGCUCCUCCACAAGAAGACGUGCCCAUCAAGGAAGAUCGGUUAUGGAUUGACGGCUGCUUUGACUUCUUCCAUCAUGGCCAUGCAGGUGUCAUGCUGCAAUCGCGCCGCUUCGGCGAUGAGCUCCUCGUGGGCCUGCACAACGAUGAAGACAUCCUUGCGAACAAGGGCCCCACAGUCAUGUCCCUCGCCGAACGAACUGCCGCCGUGAACGCCUGCCGCUUCAGCACAAAAUGUAUUCCGCACGCUCCUUACGUUACUUCGAUUCCCUGGAUCAGUCAUUACGGGUGCAAAUAUGUCACGCAUGGCGAUGACAUCACGUCAGACGCGAGCGGUGAGGACUGCUAUCGUUUUGUGAAGAGAGCAGGGAGAAUGAAGAUUGUGCCUCGGACGCCGGGUAUCAGUACAACGGAUCUUGUGGGGAGGAUGCUGGAUGGGACGAAAGAUCACUUCAUUAAGAAUUUGAGUGACUGCGUGGAGGGGAAAGAAGGAAGGCCAGAGUGGAAUGAGGCGGAAAGGAGACAGCAUGGGAAAGACAUGCAGAAACGCUUCAUCGAAUACGCUGCUGCUCCUAAUGGGAGAGACCCGUUCGUUGUCGUGUACGCUUUCACGCCCGAUACCAGCAGGACUGGAAGUGGGAACUUCACAAGCUUGGUAGCAGGGAUACCUCCGCGGCCGGGGCAGAGAUUGGUAUACGUGGACGGCGGUUUCGAUCUGUUCUCCAGCGGGCACAUUGCAUUUCUGGAGACUGUCAUCAGAUUGGAAGAAGAAAAUGCGCAAAUACGAGGCUGGUACAACGAAGCCGCUGUGCAGCAACGCAUCGACCUGACUGGAUCCGACUACGCACCCGCGUACGUCAUUGCAGGAGUCCACGACGACGAAAUCGUUAACUCCUACCGCGGAGCGAACUACCCAAUCAUGAACAUUUUCGAGCGAGGGCUUUGUGUGGUGCAAUGCACAUAUGUCCACGGCGUUGUCUUUGGGGCUCCGUACACACCUAGCGUUGGAUUUCUGGAAUCUCUACCCUUCAGUCGCAGGCCCGAUGCAGUAUACCAUGGGCCCACCGCUUUCAUGCCGCCGAGCGCGAAAGAAGGCGAUCCUUACCGAGACGCAAAAGCUUUGGGCAUUUUUGUUGAGACGCCAGAACAUGAGUUCCAAGAUGUCAACGCGGAGCAUAUUGUGAAGAGGAUUCUAGGGAGGAGAGACGAGUAUGAGGAGCGGCAGAGGAAGAAAGGGGUCAAGAGUGUUGGCGAAGCUGAGCAGAGAAGAAAAGAGAUGGAGGAAGGAAGGGGCAGUGUUCGAGCGUGAAUGACAUUAGCGUUUCGUUGAGGGUAGCUGAGCGAGGAGUUUUGCAAUGUUGAGUGUCUUACUGUGCGUGUGCGGUUCAACAGUGUAGUGUAAUAUGAUACCCCACUGCAGGUGCGCGAGUGUAGAAUGGGAGAAACGAGGCUGUGAAGGAUGAAUGCUUCAGCUUUGCAUGGGAGGGGCCCGAGCUGAGAUUCUGCGCUCUCAAUAGCUUUGUUCAUGGCUGUUGGGCAGAGAAGAUUCGUCGACGGAAUGGGAGCAAGUCGUACUAGAAC